CUGACAAAGGGAAAAAAAUGAUCAAUAGUCGGAGCCUAAAAAUGACUAACUAAUUACCAAAAAAAUGCUUUUGCAACGUUCGUUUAGUGUUAAUAAGUAAAUUAGCCUUUGUACGAGUGUCGUGAAACGUAGUUAACUGCAGUGAAAAGUAUCUAAAACAAACGCACAACAAAAUCUUUCAAAGCCGAGCAGCAGCCGAAGCUAUGAAGCAAAUUAACGUCUCCGUCGUGGGACUUUCCGGCGUGGAAAAGGAAAAAGGGCAGCUUGGCGUCGGCAAAUCGUGUCUCAUCAACCGCUUUGUGCGCGAUCGGACCGACGACUACUUCAUCGAUCACAUCUCCGUGUUGUCGCAAUCGGAUUUCAGUGGGCGCGUCGUCAACAACGAUCACUUCCUGUACUGGGGCGACGUGAAAAAAGUCUCCGAGGAGGGUGUCGAAUACCAAUUUCAGAUUAUCGAGCAGACCGAAUUUGUGGAUGAUGCGACUUUUCAACCCUUUAAGGUCGGCAAAAUGGAACCUUAUUACAAGCGAUGUGCCGCGACGCGAAUUCAGUCGGCGGAAAAGUUGAUGUACAUUUGCAAAAACCAGCUGGGUAUCGAACGGGAGUACGAGCAAGUUGUUUUGCCCGACGGACGUCUCACGAUCGACGGCUUUAUUUGCGUUUUUGACGUCUCAAUUGUGCCGAAUCGCUCCGUUGAGCGACAAGUCGAGUAUGUGCACAACAUCAUCAUGAAUUUACUCAAGACGAAAAAACCCGUCGUGCUUGUGACCACCAAAAAUGACGAUGCCAAUGAAAUGUACAUCCGUGAGGCUGAAAAAUUGUGUCAACGCAAGGAAUACAAAAAUUCCGUCGUAAUGAUCGAAACGUCAGCGCAUGAAGCCAUCAAUGUCGACUUGGCAUUCAUUAUGCUCGCACAACUCGUCGACAAAUGCAAAAAUCGCUCGAAAAUCCUCUCGUACGGGGAAGCAGCCCGGGUUCGUAAAGAACUGCUCGAUAGUCGCACGGAAUACGUGACGAUGCUAAUUAAAAGUCAAAUUACCGAUUACCGCACAAUUUGGUCCUCGUCAAACAAGAAACUCAUGGCGUACAAAGAAUGGCAGGAUUUCUUGGAGCUUUUUGGGCAGGAAGCGGGACAACGGAUUUUUCGACGGCACAUCAAAAAGUUGCGCGAAGAACAUUCCAUCCGGAAGUUGCAGAAUUAUUUGGAUACUUUUGCGAAUAUCCUGCAAGAAAUUAUCCCGGAUUUGAAGUCGAGUGUCGUUGAUACGGAUACGGAAUGGAAUGCGGUGUUGCAUUGGCUCCGCAAUAACAUGGAUUUUGAUCAGUUUUUCUUUGAAAAUGAGAAUUUGUCGUGGGCGGACUUGAGUGAUGACGAGGAAAAUGAUGGCAGGAUACCGUUUGAUGUCUUGCAAACGGAGGAGGCGGAAACGGUGUUCAAGAAUCAUAUCAAUAUGCUGCAACGGGAACAAAAACGAUUAGAAUGGAAGAAACAAUUCAAAAAACUCCUCGAGGAAACAGGUUACGUCACUCCCGGCAAACAACUCUCCGAAGUUCGUGUCCUUUUCAUGGGUCGCGAAUGCUUCGAAGCCCUCAGCGAGCACGAUUGCCAACAAAUUUACGACAACCAUCAACGAGAAAUCAUCGAGACGGCAAAGCACAACUUCCAAGAACUCCUCUUGGAGCACGCCGAUCUCUUCUAUCACUUCAAAAGCAUCGAGCCGUCCGGAACAAUUACGCAAAAUGACAUCAAAGAGAUCACGGAUGUCUUGCAGGAGGAUUUGCGCUACAAAUUACUCGAUCGCUUGGAACAGGAUCGAAAAUUGAUGCUUUUUCAGCAUUUGGGCUUCGUGCAUUGCCCGAUUAGGGAACAUUGCCCGGCCUUUCCGAAUUGCAUUGAUGCGUUAAUUGAGAGGAUUAUCGGUUCGAAUAACCAACGACUGGCACCGCAUAAUCGUUUUCAGCAAAAAGACGGCCAAAUGCAACUGAAUUUAGUUAUAAUUGGAUUGGAUUAUGCUUCGAGCGAGUUAAUUAGCAAAAUUCAUAAUACGUGUAAUGACAAUGGCGAAUAUGUCGUCGAUGGGUGUGCGUACACGCUGAAUAUCGAGACGAUAAAUCGCGAGAAUGAUUACUCGUUUGCGUAUGAAUUUCAUUCGAAAGGCGUAAUUUGUUCAUUUUCGAACCGAACAUCCUUCCGCUACGUGAACGAAGUCCUGGACAAGCAAAUUUUCAACAAUAUCGAAUUCAAGAACGACAUCGACAACUUGCACAUCAUUUUAGUGAACGACAUUGACACAACUGCCGACGAAGUUGACUUGAACGAACUCAAUUCGUUACGAGACGAAGCGCAGCAACUUGCCGAGCGACUUGGUUGUUUAUACAUCGACGGAAAUGACUUUACAAUUUCCAUGACGCAACAAAACGAGCAAAAAUUCGUCGAAAGUAUCCUUAACAGCAUGAUCGAGAUAAUUCCGGAUGACGAAAUGAAGCUUCGAGACAGUUAUGCGGGCGAACAACCCGAUAUUCGGAUAAUUUUGUCGAUGUUUUGCGGAGAUCCGUACAACGUGGAGACGAUAAUUAGCUCGUUGAUGUCGGAGCCGUCUUGCGUGUCGGCAGAUGAUCGUCAUAUAACGUUCGAAUUGUUCUUGGGCGACUCGAAACGACGGGUUGAAGUGAUUUUGUCCUCGUAUCACGGAGCAAAUUCGUUCAGAGAUGAACUGAUUCAUGGGUUUAUUUUGUUGUAUUCGACAAAACGGAAGGCUUCACUUGCGACACUCAAUGCAUUCUCGAUGAACAUUCCAAAUUUACCGAUGCAAAUGGUGGCUUUGACAGAACCGGGAGGCGUAACGAGCUUUUUCAACAGUGAAUUGUGUCAAAUUCUCAUUACGGAAGGAAAUUCUUUGGCGGAUAAGUUACGAGCGCACUUUGCAACAGCUUCUGAUGAAGAAAAUCAAUUCAAAUUUGCAUCUUACGCACCAUUCCUCAAAGAAGUAUGGGACAAAAAGCCCGAAAUUGAACAUGCAUUCCAACUAGAAGAGCCAUUGACCAUCGAUUCAGGCGAAGGUACGAUGGAACAUUCCGUACAUCAUCAUCCGCAAGCUCCUGCGCCGCCGCCGCGCUUCGAAAGUUAUCUAACAAACGGUUCCUUCAGACAACAAUUCGACCGAAGUCAAAAUCCGAAUGGCGACUCGUCGAUGUACCCGAACAUGUAUAAUCUCUACGAUAACAGUGACUUAGACAAGGAUUCGAGUCUCCAUAAGGGCUUUCAGAUGUAUUCUCCGCCGAAUACGCCGCCAGAACCGGCGCCUCCAGAUCAUUUAUUAACUCCCUCCAGCAUCUUGCGACAAUUGAAGGAAGGUGCAUCCCAAUCCAGCUUAGAAGAAAUCAAUUCUGACGUUAGUGGAUCGAAAGAGUCUCUUAACACAUACGAUUCAGGUUGGUUAGAUGACAGUUUUCUCAUUCAGAAGAAUCAACAGGCUGAAAUCGAUGAUCGUUGGGGAAAUAGAGGAGGUUCACAUCGAGCUUUCACAACGCAACCUCGACGCCCAACAAAUGAAGCUUUAGCGAAGAAAAUUCGACCAAAAGGACCGAGCCAAACGUUGAAACAACCCGGCAAACUGAAUCUCAAGAGUUUCGCCAUCGUAAACGAAGCGAUUGCUCGCAUGAACAUCGGCGAGUCGACCGUAGAUAAGGAAAAACGACAUCGAUUAGGCAAAAAGACGCAAUCGUUGGAAAGUGCACCACUGGCAGCAGCUGAAAACGAUUCCGAAGACUACGAGGAAGUCCAUUACGAACAAAUUAACGAAGCAUUCAACGAGCCAAAUAUGCAACAACACCCCUAUCCGCCCGGGCAUGAUACUCAGAGCAAACUAAAGAUCCGUUAUCGUCGCGAAAAGGAGCAAUCCAAACAAAUGUCUGACUCGGAAAGCGAUUCAAGUUCCUUGGAGCGUCGAAAACCCGGCGAUUUGUUCUCAAAAGUCAAUCGAAAGCCCGCAACACACAAGCGGGUAAGGAAAAAGCGAAUUGCUGUGCCCGUUCAACCUCCCGUCAUUUCGGACCAUAUGUACCAAAAGCUGCGAAACGACAUGAACGAUCAAGAUAAACAGCUGUACGAAGAAGAGCCAAGUGUUAUUGCGUCACCGAGUUCGCCAAUGUUUGGCGUCAUUCCAAAACUGGGAUCAAAGGACAAUGAACGCGAAAAAUUAUUAUCUAGUCAAAAGGAGAAGAAAAAUUGGUUUAAGGACAGUAGUGAUUCGAAGGCGAAGAAGAAGACAGCAAAAGCGGGCAAAUUACCGCCUGCCAAAACAGCAGCUGCUACUUUCGCGUCUUUCAAACAAAGUGACAACAUGAUACCACUUUUCCUCGAACGUUGUGUUCAAUUCAUCGAAAAAGCCGGGCUCGAUUCGGAAGGCAUUUAUCGUGUGCCCGGCAAUCGAGCGCAUGUCGAACUUUUAUAUCAUCAAUUUGAUUCAGGCGAAGACACAGACAUCGAAAAACUUGAUAUCCCAGUUAAUGCAGUAGCGACAGCUCUAAAAGAUUUCUUCUCGAAGCGACUUCCUCCGUUAUUCGAGCCUGAACUAAUGGCAGAACUCGAAGAAAUUGCCGGAACACGUAGCUCCAUAUCGAAUAUGAAUAUGGAAGUGAAAGCGGAUCGUAGUUGUCGACUCAUAGCGUUGCGAGGACUCCUCAGCAGAUUACCUGCAGCUAAUUUUGCCAUAUUGAAGUUCAUUUUUCAGCAUUUCGUGAGGGUCUCCGAAAACUCCAAACUCAACUCAAUGGACAGCAAAAAUUUGGCAAUUUGUUGGUGGCCUACCUUGUUGCCCAUUGAAUUCACCGAUAUGAUGCGCUUUGAGUCGAUGAGACCGUAUUUGGAGGAUAUCUGCCAAACGAUGAUCGAUCAAUAUCCCUUCCUUUUUUGUAAUAAGGAAGCUUUUGUGAUGGUCUGAGACGCAUAUACUUAAUUCUCACAUAGAUGUUAAAUAUCUGACAAGUCUACGUUCCAUCACACAAAAAAAACACUCACACUGAAGGAGAUUGUUCGUUAAGUUUAGUUUUGUUUUUGGCACAAACACUUUUUUGUAUCAUUUACAAACUAAAACCUAAAAAAAAAUAUAUAAAAACUUAUAAAUGUAAAAUAUAUAUAGAUUUGCUGCUUUAAAACAAGUUAAAUGCGCUUACUUGUAUUGAAUGAAAAAAAAAAUU